AUCGAUUUUCAUCCCAUUUCCAUCGCUCUUCUCCUCAGAGCCGCUUGCUAAAAGCUCGGGCUAUGACCCGAGCAGCUUAGCCUGCUCCAAAGACGUCCAUAUUCGCGUCAAAACCCUUUCUCCCCCUCCCCCUUCUAAACCCCCGAAUCACCACUACCACCCCUCCUCCCAUUGUAUACUCCUGCUUACAUACGCACCAUGAACAACAACAAUCUUCUCCCAGCUUCAUGGUCACGCCAACUGAGCACUCGCGACGAUGUCACUGCUCUUGCGGAACGCACUCGGACAAACUCCAUUGAAACGGGGGUAGAGGGUGGGGACAAGGAUGAUGUUGUCGAUCCCACCAUCGCCGCUUUUCGCCAGCGAUACGAUGUAUUCGAAAAGCGCAUAGCGAUCAUGUUCGACACCCGGCGUCCUUGCUGCGCUCCCCCGGAUAUGGAAUUCGCUACCUUGGAGCUUAACGACCCUUUCUCCUCGGCGAAUGUCAAUGCUUCGGGAAAUUCCGCUGCGGACAAUGCUCGGCCACCCGUGCGGAAACUCGACGACGACGAUUAUGACUUUGAGGACGACGAGGACGAAGAGGAUACGAGGCCUAAAGCUCCCCCACCCUUACCUUUCAAGUCGGCUUCCUCAUUGUCUCAAUCUAGCGAGCCACUGCCUGGGAAUAUCAUUGAUGCCAAGAAGAGUGCUGUCGCGACGAGGGAGAAACUGGAAGCUGAUAGGAAAGCGGCCGAAGAGGCCGUGAAGCGCGCUCUGCCUUCCAUGUUCUUCACCCUUGAAAACGAUCGGGAUGCCAUGCUGGAACAGCAGAAACUCGAGGAAUCAGACAGACAGGUCAAUGCCGAAGCGAAUGCCGCUCAGGCGAACGCCCUUGGGAAGCUCAGCAGCGCAAACCUUGGUGCUUCAAGCUUAACAUUGAAGCACCUUAUCGCUCGGAUCGAUGCCAAACGUAAGGAGGUCGUGGUUUCGGAUUUGGAGUUACGGAAUUUGAUGUCAGAGGUCCGGAAGAAUCGGUCAAAAUGGGCCAAUGAAGACAAAAUUGGCCAGGAGGAUCUCUAUGAGGCUGCAGAGAAAGUGGUAUUGGAGCUUAGAGCGUUGACGGAGCACUCCACUGCCUUUCUCAAUAAGGUCAAUAAGCGAGAGGCACCGGAUUACUUGACCAGUAAGUUCUUCCCUGCCCCAUCAUUCAGUGGUCCUGGCUUUUAACUUUGGUUACCGUUUCCAGUAAUAAAACACCCAAUGGAUCUGGGCACUGUAAUGAAGAAGUUGAAGGGUCACCAUUACAAGAGUAAAAAGGAUUUUGUCGACGAUCUUAAUUUAAUAUGGCAAAACUGUCUCGAUUACAAUGCUGAGCCGUCACACUAUCUUCGGAAACAUGCAAAAGCCAUGCAGAAGGCUACUCAAAAUCUUACACCUUUAAUUCCUGAUAUAGUAAUUAGGGAUAGGGCGGAGGUUGAGUUAGAGGAAGCUGGUGCUCUUGAGGUUGACGCCGAGGGGGAAAGUGACGAUGGUAUAUCCGACUCUGUUUGAUUUUUAUUCUUGACCAAAGGCUGCCUCACUGUUCGUACAUGCUUAUCUUUUUGCCUACAGAGCCCAUAAUGUCUUCUCGUGGUAGGAAGGCACCUGGAACUAAAAAGACUAGGAAAGGUGCUCGACUGGAAGGGACUCCUGAAGUUAAAGCACCGGUAGUAAAUCUUUUGCGAGCGGAUUCCAACCCUCCGGGUAAUGAUAGUCAAGUUUCUGUUGGCCUCAAUGGUUUUCCGACACCAUCUGGCGGCACACCUGUCCCUAAUGGCCUUGCGCACUCGAUAUCACAAAUGGAUAUUGAUCAUGACAGGGUCGAUGAUGAUACGCAUGAUGUAGAAUAUCAAACGUGGAAAACUUUGACAAAGAAGGCGAGGGCGAAGGUGGCGGUGGGUUUCCCCUUGGACCUGCUGAUGGCGUUGAACGUUUUCUAAUGAUUUUACUCAGAGCGAGAGACACAAACUAUUUCGUGGCAAUCGUUUGAACCCGGAAGAGCCAGCUUUAUUGCGAUCACGGGAUGACAUGGGACGGUUUUUGAGGAACGAAGAGAAGCAUGCCAGGUCCGCCCAGGAUGCUGACGACAACAGCAUGCAACAGGGAAGUGGUAAUACGAAAUUGGUUGAUACCGAACAAACAGACGUUCAGGAACUGCUUCCGGAUUACUACGAUCCUUUGGCUGCGGUCCCAGAGCUUCCUUUCGGUGUCUCGUGGUAUGGUGAUGGCGAUGAGGUGGAUCUGCAGGACGACAAUCUCCGUAUCGCACCGAGAGGGAUAUUUAUACAGCCCAAGUCUGAGCUCAGUAAGCGGAUGGAUGCAAAUAUCAAACAGAUGCAGGAGACCAGGAAGUUGUGCUCGAAAAUUGGUGUGAUCAAGCAGAUGCAAGUGCAGACACAGGUACGAGUUAUCUCAAAUCUACUGAUUCCUGAAUGCUAACUUUGCGUUGUUCAGAUGUACUCCAAUCAGUUCACCAAGUACGACCCAAAGGAGUUUGUCGAAGCUGAUGUUGAAGACUUUGUGGUUUCUGAGGAAGGUCCCAUCAUGUGCGCAACUGUAGCACGGGCUGCGCUGCAGAAAUCUGUCGGCAAGAUAUUUUAUCAUGCUGGCUUUGAGGAAUUCCAGCCGACAGCAAUUGAUGCCGUGACUGAUAUCGCUGUUGAUUAUUUUCAGAAGUUGUCAAAGACCCUGACGGUGUAUCAAGAAGCUCCACAACAUGAAAGGAAGUUUGAGCCAGAGGUAGGGAUUUAGAAGGUGGAUAGUUUUGAAGUUUCUGAAGAUGUUAACCUGACUAUAGGAAAUGCUACUUCAUGCUUUGUACGAAAAUGGGGCGGAUGUCGAGUCUUUGGACACCUAUAUCAAGGAUGAUAUUGAGAGACUAGGCUCCAAGCUGAAUGGUAUUCACCAACGGAUGAAGAGCCAUCUAACAGAACUUCUAGUACGUCUUUCCUUAAUUGCAUGGCAUCAGAUACAGGUACUAACUAGUUGUAUAGCGUCCUGCCUUACAGGAUGUCGGUGGUGAUGGCUCAAAGAUGUUCAACGAUGGGAGUGAACAGUUCGUUGGCGGCGAUUUCGCUGAGGAUAUUGGUGAUGACUUCUUUGGUUUUAAGGAGUUGGGCUUGGACAAGGAGUUUGGACUUUCUUCACUUUCCGUACCGUUGCACCUGCUUCAGGGGAGGAUGCAUAGCACGUAUCAAACACAGAAUACCAGGUAUGAUAUUCUAUCGUUCUUUUAUGUACAAGAAGAUUACUAACUACGUCUCAAAUUUUACAGUACCGUGGCGUUGGCAGACGGCUACAAGCCGCCACCCCCUUUCGAACCGGUCACUCAUGAGCUUCUCGAACGGGAAAUCGGCCUGGUCAAAAAUUUCUUCUUGGCGAAACUCCACGCAAACAACGAAGAGCCCCUCGUCGAAGACGAAGAUCUUCCCGUCAAACAGCGUCUACCAAAGCCAAGAUUGCCUCCGACAGGGAAGAUUUUGGCCCCGAGAAAACGCCCAAUGCACGGCCAAGGGGGGAAUUCCAAGAAGAAGAAAAAGCCGAACCCACCGGCACCACCACCCGCAAAGGCUGCCCUGCUACCUUCAAAGAGUGUGGCCAUGGAUCGCUCGUUAUCAAAGAUAUCGGAAGCCGAUGGCGACGGGAAUGGUGGUAUGAUGUCGCCGGAGUCGUUGGUUGGUGGAGGAGGAUAAGUUCAUAACCCAGGGAAACAGGAGGGAAACAAUUUUUUUUUUGCGGAAGGGUGCCGAUUCCCCCCUCUUUUUUUUUUUUUUUUUAGUUUUAAUCCUUUUUCGGUAGCCAGGGAUGUCGGUUCUUUGUUCGUCUUUCUAGGAUUCUUUCGCAUCACUUUCUUUUUUUGCUGGUUCCCUUAUGACUCCUUGUAACUAUCUCCUCCAGCACUUCCUACCAUCUUUUCACUUGCGACACCCUUUUGUCUGGUUCAGUUCACUCAAGUUCAUAUUUCAGCUCAUCAAACUGGGCGUUCGGGUUUGGUUCGGUUCACUUCAGUUUGGUCUGGUUUGUUUGCCUUUUUAUUUCAGUUUGGUACAAAGAAAAUUGUCCAGUUUGUAUAUUUUUUUCUGCUCUGGUAACAUUCGUGUGGUGUAAUUUAUUUAUUCCCUUUCGCUCGUUUUUUAUAUUUUUAUUCUGUUAUCCUCUUGGUUUGGGGUGUUGUGACAAACGGGGCUCUUUAUUUCCCUCUUACUACUACCGCUGUUUUAUGAUUUGUUUCUGUGUUGUGUAGAUUUUGGGAUGUUUUCACGUUGUUUUUGUGCGAAGGAUGGGGGCGGAGGUUGGUGUUAGGCGGGACAUGGGAGAAGAGGACGGGAGUUGCGGAAGGGAAACGGGAUGGAAAGGCAAGACAGGCAGGCAGGUAAGGGAAGGGAAGGGAAGAAAGGGUAGAUAUAUAAUGAAUGAUACCGUCUUUUUUAUUUUUAUUUUUAUUGGGAGGUCGGAUAAGGGUGGUACUUUGUUUUUGUAUCUUAUUGUAUUCUUGGAUGUUUUGUAUGAUGGAUGGAGGUUUCCUUUCCUUUCAUCAUUUUUUUUUUUGAAGGGAGGUUUCUUUUCUUCUACUUCCAUCGCUUUUUACUACUCGUUUCCCUACCUAUUUGCAUUUGCUCCAUGUAUUGAUAAAAGGCGAUUAUUGGAUGAUUUAUGUUGU